AUGUACAGCUUCAUGGGUGGCGGCCUCUUCUGUGCCUGGGUGGGGACCAUCCUCCUGGUGGUGGCCACGGCAACAGAUCACUGGAUGCAGUACCGGCUGUCAGGGUCCUUCGCCCACCAGGGCCUGUGGCGGUAUUGCCUGGGCAACAAGUGUUACCUGCAGACAGAGAGCAUCGCCUACUGGAACGCCAGCCGGGCCUUCAUGAUCCUGUCCUCCCUGUGCGCCACCUCGGGCAUCAUCAUGGGCAUACUGGCCUUUGCUCAGCAGCCCACCUUCACCCGCCUCUCCCGGCCCUUCUCCGCGGGCAUCCUGUUUUUCGCCUCCACCUUUUUUGUCCUGUUGGCCUUGGCCAUCUACACUGGAGUCACAGUCAGCUUCCUCGGUCGCCGCUUCGGGGACUGGCGUUUUUCCUGGUCUUACAUCCUGGGCUGGGUGGCCUUGCUCAUGACCUUCUUCGCAGGGAUUUUCUACAUGUGUGCCUACCGGAUGCACGAAUGUCGGCGCCUUUCUGCUCCCCGCUGAGCCCAAAUACCCCGAUUUCACCUGGAAGUGAAAAUAGGGCCACUGGAAAGGAGGGGAGGGUCUAGAGGCUGCAAUCCUGGUUCCUGUGAGCAGGAGGGGGCCCAGUCCCGGACUCUGGGUGGGAGGGCCUCUGAUUUCUGCAUCCCCAGGGGGAAGGAGGAAGAGUGGGGUCUGGUGGGAGGCAGUUGAGAAGACCUGAGGUCUAGCCUAUGAA